CAUUGCAAAAUGCAUCAUAGAGCAUCUAAGGCAAAAGAACACAAAAAAGAAACAGCAAAAGGCACAAUGUAUUCUCCWUUGACUAAGUCCAAAUCUGGAUCAUUCAAGAAAGACMGAGAAGUCAAAACUGUUACACUUCUUCAAGGCGUGGCACUKAUAAUUGGCGUCAUGAUUGGGUCAGGUAUAUUCGUCUCUCCRAGAUACGUCCUUGAAAAAUCUGGUUCCAUUGGAAUGAUGAUAGUAGUUUGGAUACUUUGUGGUAUGAUUGCACUUCUGGGAUCCCUGUGCUAUUGUGAGCUAGGAGCAAUGAUUCAGGAGUCUGGAGGAGAGUAUAUCUACAUCAAAGAGGCAUAUGGACACUUGGUAGCUUUCUUAGUUAGUUGGACAGUGAUUUUAGUGCUAAAGCCAGCCUCUAUUGCUAUCAUAUGUAUGGGAUUUGCUUAUUAUUCUUGUCUGCCAUUUUUACCAGAAGAAACUUCAGAAGAACCAACUCUGUUAGUUAAAUUUAUAGCAAUGAUCUGUAUAAUAGUUCUGACUGUAAUUAAUUGUAUUAGUACUAAAUUAGGUGCCCAAACACAAGUUCUCUUCACAUCUAUGAAGCUUCUGGCUGUUGGUUUAGUCGUCAUUAUAGGAGCCUAUAAUCUAGCGACAGGACAUACUCAGAAUUUUCAAAACGUUUUCAAAGGAACAAGUAGGGAUCCAGGUCAACUUGUGCAUGCAUUUUACAGCGGCCUUUGGGCUUUUGAUGGUUGGAAUGCACUCAAUUAUGUYGCUGGAGAUCUUCAAAAUCCUGCAAAGAAUCUCCCAAGGGCUAUGCUUAUGGCUCUUCCAUUAGUUACUCUCUGCUAUGUACUUGUUAACAUAGCUUACUUGAGCGUCCUCACUCCAGCUGAAAUCAUUUCUUCAAGUGCAGUUGCUGUUUCUUUUGGUGAGAAGUUAAAUCCUGUCUUUCUUGCAGUGAUGCCUCUGCUUGUUGCUUGUUCAUGUUUUGGGGCAGCAAAUGGUUCUGUUUUUACAAACAGUAAAGUUGUGUGUGCAGCUGCGAAAGAAAACCACAUGCCAUCUUUUCUUGCUUCCAUCAAUUCCCACCUUAAAAUGCCAAUAUACGCUGUGUCUUUCCCUUCUUGUAUUGCAAUUCUUCUUCUGAUUCCAAGCAACCUUGAAUCUCUUAUAAGUUGCUUUAGCUUUGCUGCCUGGUUGUUCUACGGUGGAACUAUAUCUUCCCUUCUCGUUCUUCGCUAUAAGUUGCCAAAUAAGCACAGACCUUAUAAAGUAUGGACAAUCAUUCCAGUACUGAUGGUAAUGGUUGCUUUAUAUCUUGUUAUUGCUCCCUUUGUGGAAAAACCCAAACCUUCUUUAAUAGCUCUUGCUUAUAUUUUAUCAGGAAUUCCAUUUUAUUAUAUAUUUGCCAGAAAGAAGUAGACUUAAAUGAAGACAUUAUAUGUUCAUUAUGGAAAUGGGUAUAUAUAAUUAUGUAUGGCUUAGAAGAGUAAUAUAUAAUAAAAAAUACAAACAUGGAAAUAUUAUCAUAAAAAGUGGAACAGUUUGUUCAGUAGAGUGAUGUAAAAAAAUAUAAAUAGAUAUAUUGCAAUAAUAAACCUUAGAAA